CAGUGUCUCCCCCCUCCUCCUUCUUUUUAGCUUCUUCUCCUCUUUUGUCGUUUCUCAUUCAUUCCAUUCCCUCCGACAUCAACAUCAACACAUUAACACCUACCCACUUUACGGAAAGAACAGGGCCCCGCUUGACACCAGACACAACAGGAGCAACCACAACUUAACAUAAACCCGCGAUGGCGUCCCUUAUUCAGGCACUGCUCGACUGGCUCCGGGGGCUCUUCUUCAAGACCGAGAUGGAGUUGACGCUGGUUGGGUUGCAGAACAGUGGCAAGACCACGCUCGUGAACGUUAUUGCAUCCGGCCAGUUUUCGGAGGAUAUGAUCCCAACAGUCGGCUUUAACAUGCGCAAGGUCACGAAGGGCAGUGUUACCAUGAAGCUCUGGGACAUUGGCGGGCAACCCAGGUUCCGGAGCAUGUGGGAAAGAUAUUGCAGAGGCGUGAACGCUAUAGUAUUUGUUAUUGACGCGGCAGAUCCUGAUAAGCUGGAUGCAGCAAGGACAGAAUUGCGGAACUUGUUAGACAAACCUCAGUUGGCAAGCAUUCCAGUGCUGGUCCUGGGGAACAAGAAUGAUUUGCCAGGAGCGCUAACAGUCGAACAGAUCAUUGAGGCAUUGAACCUGAAACAGAUUGCUAACCGCGAGGUCUCGUGCUAUUCCAUCUCGGCCAAGAACCAGACCAACAUCGAUAUCACGCUGCAAUGGCUGAUCAAGAAGGGCAAGGGAAAGUAAAACGUCGGAGACAACAUAUUCCGGCGGCCCGUCUUUCUCUGGAAGAGGAAAAAAUACAUCCGGUACAGGAACGACAGUCGUUUGCCCUCCUGUUUUGGAAAGAAUGGGAGGAAGGGGGAGAAAGCAGCUUUGCGGUCGUAGUAGCAACACCGUUAAUAAUAAUAAACGACACAUUCUAAAAAGCGAGAG